ACCUGUCCAGACUGACCCUUAGAGCAUACACCUCACUCAGAACAAUCAGCCUGCGCUCUGCCCCAUAUUUAUUUGCCAAUUCUCACCGACUCGCCCGUCGCUCCGUAAAAGCCGCUGCCGUGCGCUUUGACAUGUAGUUGUUUGCGCGCACCGGGGUCUCCAACAUGGACCUGAAAUCCGAGCUGCUCAAGUCCAUCUGGUACGCUUUCACGUCGCUGGACGUCGAGAAGUGCGGCAAAGUGUCCAAAUCGCAGUUGAAGGUACUGUCCCACAACCUGUACACAGUGCUGAACAUCCCACACGACCCCGUGGCUCUGGAGGAGCACUUCCAGGACGAUGAUGAUGGACCGGUGUCAAACCACGGCUACAUGCCCUACCUCAAUAAAUACAUACUGGAUAAGGUCAAAGAGGGGACAUUCGACAAGGAGAAGUUUGAUGACCUGUGCUGGAUGAUGACCAUGAAGAAGAACUACCGGGGCCGACCAGAGAAGGGGCUGCUAUCCGAGAGAGACUGUUUCAAGGUCUUCUGUCUGUUCAACCUCCUGUCUGAGGACCGCUACCCACUGGUGAUGAUACCAGAGGAGAUGGAAUACCUCCUGAAGAAACUUUCCACUGCAAUGAGCCAGGAGUGGGAUGGGAGGCCAUUGGAGGGCUUAAUAUCCCAGGAUGCCUCAGUGCGGGAGGAGGGUGUGUCUGUAUGGACCUUCCUGGAGCACAUGGGUGCUGGCCGACUGCUGCAGGUCACCAGUGCCGAGGCCUUCAGUCUGGCCUUGGACGAGGUCUUUCUAGAGAUGUACCACAGUGUCCUGAAGAGGGGUUACAUGUGGAAAAAGGGGCAUAUGCGUAGGAACUGGACUGAGCGUUGGUUCGUGCUGAAGCCUUCCUCCAUGGCUUACUAUGUCAGCGAGGACCUAAAGGACAAGAGGGGAGAGAUCCAGCUGGAUAAGAGCUGUAUCAUAGAGGCUAUCCCAGAUCGGGAGGGGAAGCGCUGUCUGUUCUGUGUGAAAACCCAAAAUAAAACCUAUGAGAUGAGCGCCUCGGACCAGAGACAGAAGGUGGAGUGGACUCAAGCCAUUCAGACAGCCCUCCGUCUCCAGAGUGAAGGCAAGUCCUCCCUUCACCAGGAACUGAAGCUGAAGAGGCGGGUCCAGCGGGACCAAAGCCAACGAGAGCGCAGCCUGAGUGCCCGCAGCAGCUGCAGCAGCCAAUCAGACGACUUAAAUACCCAAGAGCUGGAGAAAGAGAAGGAGCGGCAGGAGCAGGAGAUAGAAAGCAUCAUCCAGCAUGCACGGGAACUGGAAACCCAGCGAAGGGAGGCAGAAGAGAGAGAGAGGAGGAGACAGAAGGAGGUGCAGAAGGAGCUGGAGAGACAGCUGAAAGAGGCAGAGAUGUUGAGGGACAGCAUGCAAAUAGAGAUGGAGGAGAAGGAGAAGGAGGCUGAGCAACAGAAGAAGAGGAUACAGGAGCUGGAGCUGACUCAGCAUAAACUGGAGGCUGCUCUCAACAUGGAGAUCCAGGCCCGGCUGGAGGAGGAGAGGGCCAGGCAGGAGCUGGAGAGGUUGCUGCAGGCUGAAGAGGAGAAGAAGAAGCAGUGCCAGCUUCUCCAGGAGCAGCAAAGGGCCCUGCGGAGUCUCAGCCCCACCGAGGAGGCUGCAGAUGGAGGUAUGGAGGAGCAGAAGGAUGCCCCUUCAGCCCUCCACUCAGCCUCGCAGGAGCUCCAGGAUCUUCGCGCGUCUCGCCAGAGGAGCCACCAGCGCCUGGAGGAGGUUCAGGAGAAGCUGAGGAAUGCCAGUCAACACGUACGGCACUGGAACGUCCAGCUGAACCGCCUGAUGACGCCCAUCAAUCCUGGAGAUCGAUUGGAGCAUCGGCUGUCAUCAAAACGCCUGUGUCCGAAAAAGGAAGGCGCACUGGCCAGUAAUGAGUUCAUCUCCAAAUACAAGACAAGAGCCGGUGAAGAAUCAGCGGAGGACAGCGAGGGACUGGAGGGACAGAUGGAGGCCGCCAGACUGUCGGACGACUCGGAUGGAUCAAAGGAAAAUUCCAAUGGACAAAUUUGAGUACCAUGUUGGUGGUUCUGGGAACGCGUUUUCAAUUUGAUGGCAAGUCCAGAAAGGAGAAAUGAGAUUCUUUAAAUGUGUAAGAGCCACUGUAGUGAAAGUGGAGUGAGAGAGGUUAUUUACAAUACUUUAACAACUGUGCAAAACCAUUAUUUUAUAUGUGUUACAUUUCUGAGAUGCACACAAAGAUGGAAACCUGACAGAAAUGAUGACAAGUUAAGUUUGAUGUGUGAUUCACUGAGAGCACAUUUGAAUAAGUUUAACUGAUUUCUGAAGUUUUGUACAAUAAAGUUUAUGACUGUCUAAUAUACA